CAGUUAUUUCACAUGCUCUUCUUGUGUAUCGAUCAAUGGCUGAAGAAACCGUGAUCACCGUCUCCCUUCCUCUCCGGGACCGGAUCGCGAUAAUAACAGGAGGCUCCCAUGGAAUCGGUCAAGCCAUAGCCAUUCACCUAGCUUCCCUCGGUGCUAAAAUCGUCAUUAACUACUCCUCCAGUUCUUCGCAAGCAGCCGAUCAAGUUGUUUCACAAAUCAAUUCCGUCUCCAACUAUCAGUCGCCUUGCGCAAUCGCCGUCAAGGCCGAUGUAUCCGAUCCGGAUCAGGUGAAGAACUUAUUCGACUCCGCCGAAUCUGCUUUCAACGGUUCAUCUAUUCACAUCCUGGUCAAUUCGGCAGGAAUCAUGGACAGGUACACCUCAAUUUUAUCCACUUCAGUUGAAGAUUUCGAUCGGACCUUCGCGGUGAACUGUAGAGGUGCGUUUUUGUGCUGUAAGGAAGCCGGUAAUCGGUUGAAGAAAGGCGGAGGGGGAAGGAUAAUCUGCCUGACGACUUCACUUGUGGCGGCGUUGAAGCCAGGGGUGGGACCGUAUACGGCGUCGAAGGCGGCGGUGGAGGCGAUGGUGAAGAUCUUGGCGAAGGAAUUGAAAGGAACGGGGAUUACGGCAAAUUGCGUUGCGCCGGGGCCGAUUGCUACAGAGCUGUUCUUCACGGGGAAGACGGAGGAGAUGGUGAAUAGGAUAGUCGGAGAGUGCCCGUUGGGACGGCUUGGAGAGCCCAAAGAUGUGGCUACGGUCGUUGGGUUUCUGGCCGGCGACGCCGGAGAAUGGGUUAACGGUCAGGUCAUUCGAGUCAAUGGUGGCUUUGUGUGAAACCCUAGAGCAAAUAAUUUACUGGCUUGUGUUCAUGUAAGUU